UGCAACUUAGAUCACCUAGCGAGUGGUUACAAUCUGUCACAUAGAGUUAUUAUGAUAUGUUUACAAACUUUGAAACGGACCAGUUUUAGUCAUCGAAAUGGCUGCCUUUAAAUCUUGUGACACACUUUCUAAGGAAAAUGUUAUGUAUUGGCUGAAAAUGGCAGAAGAGUGGGCUUCAAUUAAAAUGUUGCCGAAUAUGCAGAAUCACGCGAGAUCGUCGCUAGCAAAGGAAAUUUCCCAAAGCAAUGACCAACUUGGCCUCUUCCUGUCAUCGGUGCACAGUCGAUUGAGUGCCGAUGGCAUAUCACAAGUUUUAAAGAAUCAUCCUAAACUAGGUCAUUUACUGGGUCGUCUCUUUUCUUGCCAUCAUCUCAUAGCUGAAAAUUGUGAAAUGUACAGUAAGCUCCUUAGCUGUGUGCAAUCACUCAGAGCCCACCAUCCCCAAGAUGGAAUGGAGAAGAAGGCAAAGGACUGGGCAGAGUCUCAGAUCAGACACUCUGCAUCCUAUUACCAUCAAAAGAACCCUGCUUCAGAUACUGCUGAGUCAUUGGGAUACUCUGCAUUCGAAUACAAUAUCAUGUCAUCUAACAAGCUGAUUGAAUCAAUUCAAAGAGAUCUUGAUCAUUUGAUAGCAGAGCAACAUCAUUACAUCCAUAGUAUCCAGGAUGAUGAUAUAAGUAUUGCAGAGCUAUCAGACAUGUGCCUUCCACUGGUAAGGAAUGCAUCCUCUGUGGGACUGGUAGACAGGGUGCUUCUGCUGCACCCCAGGUCUGCAGAUGAUCAGGUCUCAGAUCUUUUCUUGGAGCGGGUCACCCAAACACAGGCCUGCGCUUAUAAUGCAGGACAGGAAAAUGAGUUCUGUCUGACAAGAGAAGCUCUUACAUCACUAUGGCUGCAAUAUCUUCCAGCUCUGGAACAAGAAAUUCUUUUACUUCUACAAGCUUUCUGCCAGCAUGCUUCUAACUUAGCAACAGCUGAUGCUCUGAAACUCAUUCACUCCAGAGACUUGCCCAGAGCCUGUGCAGAGCACAAGAUCAUAUAUGAAGCUGUAGACUCCUGUGUACAGCAAGUUCUUUGGCAAACAAAUGGUAGCCAUACUGUGAUCCAAUUUGUACACUUGUUUCAAGUGGCUGUCAAUGAGGCUAUUCAAGAGUUGAAAUCCCCCCAGUAUUCAGUGCACAGACUGUUUCCACAAAGACUGUGUCCAUUGGUGAACCUCCUGACAGUAGACCCAAGAGAUCUACCCCAAGAGGCCCAUGGGAUACAUCUAACCAGCAUCCAGGUCACCUUGAAAACCACCAUAGAUGACCCGGUGGUGUCCAACAACCCUCAUGAAAUGUACUCAGUCUGGAUGACCAUGGUCAAGUUCCUGCAGUGGUACCAUGCUGCAGUCUACACCCUUAUCAGAGGUGACAGUGGUGGUGAGAGAAGCGGCACUGCAGAUGCUUGUCUGGGACUUUUAAUCUGGUUUCAUCACCCACUCUCAUUUGGAAAUUGUGCAAGUGAUGUCAAGGAUAGCGUGUAUCACCUUAUUCGCGAUCUUCAUUCAUGCUUGAAGGGAGAAGUAUUUCAGAGAAGAGAUCUUGAGCGGUUGUUUUCAAGCCUAGACAAGCAGGGCAGCAUCACUGAGAAUGAUCUACCAGUUAAGCUCAUCAUGAACCUUGUCAUGUCGGCUAUCCUGCGAGCUACUUCCUUAUCAACAGAUAAUGUAUUAGACAUAAUGGACAUGAUGUGUUCUCAGGGAAUUUCUACCAGUAGCAGCAGCAAAUCCAAGCUAGCUCUUCUGCAGAGCCACCUCGAUAUCCAUCAGACAUUCAUGGUGUCAGGAGUGGGAUUCAAGGAGUCACGUCCUGUACAUGUGAGUGAAGCUAUCAGGACUCUGCAGGACAACACAUGAACAUAGGAGCCCCAAAUCCUGCAACAACAAUCUGUUAUUAUCUUAUCAUGCUGGAUGUCAGGAGUGGGAUUCAAGGAGUCACCUCCUGUACAUGUGACUGAAGCUAUCAGGACUCUGCAGGACAACACAUGAACAUAGGAGCCCCAAAUCCUGCAACAACAAUCUGAUUAUCAUCUUAUCACGCUGGAUGUCAGGAAUGGGAUUCAAGGAGGCUUGUCCUGUACAUGUGACUGAAGCUAUCAGGACUCUGCAGGACAAUACUUGAACAUUGCAGCUCUCAAUCCUGCAUUGAGGAUCUUAAUUGCAUAUUUCUAUUCUCUACUUCUUGACUCCUUUGUUUAAUGGAUCAGGAUGAAUGUAGAGCUUGAUAUUAACAAACAACCAAACUUGAAGUGGAGAGUCUUCCUUAGUAAAGAUAUGUUGAAAACCAGUUCUAUCAAUUUCUAUUAAAAUUAAAAUUAAAAUUUCUAUUAAAACUCCAUAUAAACUACAGUUUGUGUCUGUGUGUCCAUUUUAUAAGAAAUGUACAUCUAUUGUUAUUUACUGCACAAUCAAAAAGAUUUGAAAUCAUGAAAAGGUUUGUCUCCUUUAAAGAGGGUUUUUCCAAGAUUUGUUAUCAAAGGCCAUAACAACAAAAUAGUUCCAUCACAAAGGCUACUUUAAGUAACAUACACACCAUAAGUUAUCACUUAUCACAGAGAAAUAAUCACUCACAACAUGUUCAUUUUUAGUGGCCCGGCUAGGCAAUAUUUUAUUCUUUUGAUUUAUUAUUCUCAUAUUUCUUUUGAAAUUGACAGGCAUGCACUGCACAAAUCACAAAUAUUAAAACACACACUGUAA